AUGGGUUUGUCGGAAUUCGAAGAAUGUUCAUCCCGGUCUGGCUAUUGUUGUCCAUCCGUUGAUCGAUCAUUAACAACACGUCUAAUUGAAGUAUCAAAUAGUCCAUUUAAAUAUUGUUCUCGUUUUGCUCAUAGACCUGAAUGGGUUGAUGGUCUCGAUAGAUGGACAUCAGUUGAAAAUUCAAAUACAAAAGAUGAUUUAACUCGUCGCCAUUUAGAUUUUCAUAAUGAUAUUGGACUUUACUUACCUCGUCAUGAAAAACCAAAUUCAGCACCUAUUUCAUUGAAAGGUUUUCAUGCAAAUGCAAAACUAACGACAAAUAAUUUUACUCCAGAAAGAAUUCGACAAUUGUUAAGAAAAGAAAAAGAUCUUUUAACAGAAAACAGUUGGUCAAAUCAAAAAUCAUUGAUUGAAGAUCAAAUGCCACCAGUUCCAACAAAUACUUUUCGACAAUCUACGUCUAUUCAAUUAUCACAGACAAAUGAAGUUCGUCUUCCACUUCGCCAUUCCACACAUAAAUCUCCUUCUCCUCCUCAGCAACAACAACAGACAAAUUCAUCAUUAAAUCAAGAUACAUUAAAAAGUUUAUUAAAAGAACAUUUAACAUCGUUAUUAACACGUGGUGCAUCAACAUUAAAUGGAAAUCGCUCGUUAGUAAAUGUGCCUCCAGUUGAAAUAAAACAGCAAAAUCGAAUAGAAUCAAAAUUAAUUGAAGAUCGUUAUUUGAAAAUGGAAGAUUUAAAUGGUACAUUAUCAUUUCAACAACAAAAAUCGAAUGCAACUCCUCCUCUAGUAAUCUAUCCGAAACCAACAUUUGGUCUGACAGUAACACCAGUUGAUUUAUCUUCACAAAAGAAUUUUCAAAGUGUUUCACUUGAAAAAAUGGCUCAAAAAACUUUUCUACAAGAUAAUGAUUCGUCGUCUGUUUCAAGUAGCAGACCUUCAACUCAACCAAUUCCUCUUCCAUCAUCAACAUAUCAACAACAACAACAACAACCGCAAAAAGUUAUUCUUAGAAGAAAUUUAGAAACAACGAAUUCUUCUUCGAAUGAAAAUUUCUUAUCACAUGAAACUUCAAUAAAAUCAAAUGACCAAUAUCAAACAAUGCAAAAUAUUCGAAAAUUUCCUUCAAAUAAUCGAUCAUCAUCAAAAACUGGAGUGCAUCGAACAACAAUGCCAUCAUCGUCAACAAUAACAACAACAACUACAACAACAACAACAAUUGAACUAUUACCACCAAUUAUAUCUGGUAAACGUCUUCAUAUUCCAGUUGGUAAUCAUCGAUAUUUAUAA